AUGGGGGCGCGGGAGCGGUGCCGCCGGCUGGAGGCGGUGCUGGGCGCCCUCUACGACCUGGGUGACGAGGGCGGCCCGGCGGAGGCGCAGGCGAGCGGCGCUGCAGAGCCGGCCGAGAAGGCGGCGGCAGCGGCCGAGCCCGAGGGCGGCGGCGGCGGCGGCGGCGGGGCGGGUGGGCGGCAGCGCGGCGGCGCCCGCGGCUUCUUCGGGGAGCUGCGGGCCGAGCUGCGCGACGCCGGGCACUGCGGCGCCCCCCCGCCGCCGCCGCCCGCCGCGCCGCCGCCCCCCGCCGCCGUGGAGGUCGUCGUAUUCCGCGGGAGGAAGAGGACGGCGCGGCCGCGCCCCGCGGUGCCCGCCGGCGGCGGCGGCUCCCAGACUCGAAAAGUGGCUGAAGAGAAAAAUUUGAACAAACAUGAAUUCAACUUUGAAAAAGCUCGUUUGGAAGUACACAAGUUUGGAAUCACUGGCUACGAAAAGCAGGAGCAACGCAUAUGGGAACGGGAACGCGCUGUCAUGCUGGGAGCCAAGCCCCCCAAAAGAGAACAUGUGAACUAUAAGACUUUCCAAGAGAAAAUGAAAGCGAAGAAGACAAUGAAGGAUGAUGAUAAUGGAAAGGAACAUAAAGGUGAUUCUCUGAAGAAGAAGAAGAAGAAAGAGCAAAAGGAGAGGAAGGCUAAAAAGAAGAAAUCGGUGCCCAGCAUUUGGCCUGCAGGACAAGUUGGAAAAUUUAGAGAUGGGACCUUGAUUCUGCAUAGUUCUGACAUAAAGAAAAUUAAAUCAUCUAAAGUUAUCAAAUGAACUUACAACACAGAACGAAAUGGACAACAAAAAUAAGAUAGAAUUCAUGUUACCACUGCAACAUAUCUGCAAAUUGUCUUGCCUUCCCACCACGUCCUGAUUCUCUUAUCUGGCUUUUAGUUUCAUGAUUUCCCAUCUUCCAUUCUGCUCUGUUGAGAAUAUGAAAAUUUACCAUUUUUAAAUAAAAAUAAUGCAGUUUUAUUAAACAA